UCUUCAUGACCCUUUGGCCAGGCAGCUUAGAUCAGGGCUGAGGGGCCAGCAUGGCCCCCAGAGUCACUUCUCUUCUGUGCCUGGGGCUGUGUCUGAGCCAGAAGAUCACAGCUCCAGAGGGGACACUGCUCAGACCCUCCAUUAGGGCUGUGCCCAGCUCUGUGGUCCCCAAUGGGGCAGAGGUAAGGCUCUAUUGCCAGGGCCCACAGGGAAGCAAGAGUGUUCAGCUUUGGAAGGAUGAAGCAUUCUCACUCCAGAUAAAUACCUCCAGAGAAGAGGCUGAGUUCCGCCUUCAACGAGAGAGAAUAAAUGCUGCAGGCAGCUACAGCUGCCGCUACUGGCAGGGACUCCACUGGUCAGAGUUCAGUGCCCCCCUGCAGCUGGUGGUGACAGGAUUCUUCUCUAAACCAUCGUUACAAGUUCGACCAAGCACCAUGGUAGCUGUAGGGGAGACAGUGACCCUUGUGUGCCAGGAGUUAAUAAGCAGUGGUUUUCUUAAAUUGACAUUCUUUCUGCUGAAGGCUGGGGUGCCGGCCCCAUUACAGCACCAGAGUCCAGAGGGGAAGAUGGCCAGCUUCACUCUCCCAUCUGUGAAGGCUGAGGAUGCUGGAAACUACAGCUGUGUUUACUCAGGCAAGGACAGUAAGAGAGCAUCAGAUCCCAGUGAUGUCCUAAUGUUGGAGGUGACAGGUAAAAAGACUGCACAUCCUCAAAGAAAAGAGCUCGGAAUCACCCUCAUUGUUACUGUCAGCUGCGUCUCCAUCUUCUUCUUCCUCCUCUGCCUCCUGGUCUUUCUCUGCCGCCGGCACACCCAACACAGGAGCUCAUGUGGAGACACUCCCAGGAGGUCCUCAGACAGCGCAGGUGUCCCUCAGUCUCUCUACCUCACCUCCCUCCCUCCCAAGGAGAUAAUGUAUGAAGACGUAUCCAAGGGGAGACAGCUGGAGACACGGGCCUCUGAAUCUGAAGACUCCCAGGGAGUGACUUACUCUCAUCUGAACACAGCUGCCCUCGACGAGGGGCAGAGAGUCCCGACGUCUGCACCCCCGGAGCCCAGCGUCUAUGCCACUCUGGCUUUGCACUGAUGGGGCAGUAGAGACCCUGUCACCCCAAGAAGGGGAGCUGGAGCUUCAGAGAGAGGGAAGAGCAAUGAAGGAUGGGCUGGGAAUUGGGACACAUGAAUCUGGGUGUCAAGUUUGGGCACUGAACCCAAGAGACCUUUCAUCCCACUGCCCCCAGGGGAACAUCUGGCACAUAGGCCCCAUUUGUCCCUCCGGCCUCCCAGUCUCUGCCCCAUGGCACCUUCUGUACUAGUCCAUACCAAUUCAGACCAGGUUUUCUGUUGUCUAGGUGACCUCUAAGGUCCCUCCUAAUUCUAUUGUUCUGAGCUGCUGGGAGAAAGUAGCUCAGUCUUCACGUUGUGAUAUUCAUUGGGUUGGUUUGUGAAGCAUCCAACGAGUUUCCUUUUGAUUCUGGUGGCGCUGGUGUUGAAUAGUGAUUCGAUGUUGUUAGACUCAUGCACUGGGUGCCAGUGGAAGCUUUGAUGCAUUCCGGUCUGGGAAUCUGAAAGAAAGGACGGAUGAGGGAGGAGGGUCCAGAAGGACCGAUCCAUUCCCCAGCUUACUCUCACGGGCCACAGAUGCGGACUUUCCUCAGGAAGAGCACACAGUCCUUGCCUUCCAGUAGAUCCACCCCAGUUCAUCAGGGCCCACACAGCAGUUUCCUGUGUCAUUGUAGCUAGGGGCUACUCUUCCCCCUCCCAAGCAUGUGAAAACAAGGAAUGGUGGUUUCCUGCCCUUGUAGUCCAAUGUGGAGGACUGGCUGCUGCUGUAUUUUCCAGUGACCUGGGCUGGCUGGCUCUUCUUGCCCUCCUUCCCUGGCCCUUUCUGCCAUUCCAUUUUUACUGUUGUAUUUCCCAUCGCUAGUAUCUAUCUAACAUAGCUAAAGAGAAUUUAGCUUUUUGUUCUGUCAUGUCUGACGGUGACAUUUGGGGUCUUCUUGGCAAAGAUCCUGAAGUAGUUUGCCUUUUCCUUCUCC